UUCUGUCGUUUAGACAGUCUAUCUUUCUCAAGUCUAUUCUGUUUAGCAGAGACAGUAUCCUCUGACCGCUUUCUUUUCAUGAAAUCAUUCACUUUUCUAAGUCUGAUUUGUUUCUUAGAGUCAGUUUCAUUACCUAUUAUUGGUUUUACAUUAGUUUUUGUAACAUGAAUGGGGUUUCCCAUAAAUGGAGUUUUGUAAAAUGAAUGGGGUUUCCCCUAAGUUUGGGGCUGUACCCAACAAUUUUUUGUAAUUUGCAUGCCGCUCCCUUUAUCAUUCUACAGAUGCCACCCAGUCACUCCCACAGUCAUUCCCCCCGCCUACGCCUGUAGUCAGGCAAUCAUUCCCUUGGAUUUGUUUUUCCCUUUUUUCUUGUCUAUAGGUAAUGAGUUAUAAAUGAAGUUAAAGUUGAUAAUACAGUUAGGCACACUGCUACGUGUGUUAACUCGACUCUCUUGGCAAAGAGUACGUCAUUAUGAAAAUAAUGCUUCAUAAAUACGAAUACGAGUUAUGAUGGCGUUGAAGACAAAGAGGGAAGUUUCAAUAAUGUUAAUGUACGUGUUUCUACAUGUUACAAUAAGCUGUCCCAAUGACAAAUAUUAUGACAGAUUCCUUGAUACUUGCUUGGAUUGUCCCCAGGACACUUCCAGUUGCUCCGAAGUAGAUGAAAGUGCACAAUCUUGCAGAGUAAAAUGCAUCAAACAAUCAGGUGACGUCAAAUAUGACAGGUCAUUGCUACUGGCUUUAGUGAUUUCAUUGCCGUUGGCACUAGUUUUUAUCUUGGCUGUAGCAGUUUCUUGUUUGAUGUACAGACGCAUGAAAAGACGUUGUAAGAAAUUUGGCAUCCAAGAGGAGAACGACGUUUUUGUUACUGGCACUCUUGAAGAAGAAAACGGUGAAUCUCCUGAAAAUCAUGACAGUGGAAGGGAACAUUCCAGCAUAUUCUCACCUAAUUCAAGCAAUACUACGGACCAGUAACUGAUUCAAAUGUUACGAAAAAUAAGUUUCGUUCUAAUUUAAAUUCAAAAUAGCUUUAUAACAUUGUCAAGUUUAUAAAUUCUGGUGAAAAUAGGCUGUUGAAAUUCAUUUUUCCAACGCUGGGUCUACUUCUAUUUUGAUCUGCCUUAAGAGCAACGAGUAGAAAAGUAUGUGGAAUAAUGGAAACCCUACAGCAUUUUGUUAAAUAUGUACUAGUAAAUGUAUACUCAGUUAAAACAUUGUGAUUCUACCAGUAUUUUGUUCUACAGUGUAUGAUGUAAAAGAGUUUACCGAAUUUGAUGUAUAAAAAAGUUCUUUAAUUUGUCAAAACACUAGAAUAAAAAGGUCUUUAUAAGUGAA